AUCAAUUAUACAAAUUUCUCCCUUUAUCGACGCUUAAAAUGAGCAAGUUGGAAUGGAUAGGCCGCUUGAAAAACAUGGUGAAGAAGAGUCCUUUAUAUUCAAAUUUCGUUAUCGGCUUUGUGAUGGUGGGACUUGAGCAACUUGUGGAGAUAGACUUUGCAUGUCCUUGCAAUCCGAAGCUGAAUCUGCUGUUCUCAAUGGCGUAUUUUGUAGUUCCUGCUCUCUUCUCCUUCGCACUUUUGUUUUAUAUCCAAAGCUCACAAAUCAGCAAUUAUUCAAGCUGCUUGCACUGCGCUUUGGUUUGUCUUACUCCGGCCAUUCUCUGGAUAAUGCUUCUGUUCUUUGAUGGACAAUACUUUGCCUGUGCAAAAACUUCAUGGGAAGGACUUACGGUUCACACGGAUAUAACUGCUUCAACAACAUGGUGUCAGCCUUUAGUCGAACGUGACAACGCCACAGAAAAGCAAAUGACAUUUUUUAACUAUCGAAAUAACUCUCAGCUUGUGGGACUGUGCAUACUGCUCCUGAUUUCACUGCCUCUGAUCUGGAUGGGGAUCGGGAGGUGGUACUACACACCAACAAGAACCAAACAACUUGAAAAUGAACAAAUUGAAAUGGUGGAUUUGAACCCAUCACCCCCUCCGGACACUGUCUCUACAAUUGGUGAUCCCUGUAGAGAUGAAUUUUAACAGCUUUAAAUAAAACAGCACUGGACAGAAAUUACUUCAUUUUUUCACAAACCUCAUGUUUAAAAUUCAAGUCUUUUUGGUAUGCAUUUAAUAUGAUGGAAUAAAUAAACUUGUAA